GAUAAGACGCUGAGGGUGUGGGACCUUGGGAGCAUGGAGGAGAAGGCUUGUCUUGAGGGUCAUAAUCACUGGGUGACGAGUGUGGCGAUCAGCAGGGACGGCAAGACGGCCGUCAGCGGGAGCUGGGAUGAGACGCUGAGGGUAUGGGACCUUGGGAGCAUGACGCAGAAGGCUUGUCUUGAGGGUCAUAGGAGUACGCCAUGGAGCGUGGCGAUCAGCGAGGACGGCAAGACGGCUGUCAGCGGGAGUGACGAUGAAACGUUGAGGGUGUGGGACCUUGCGAGCAUGACGCAGAAGGCUUGUCUUAAGGGUGAUGGUGGUCCGAUCAACAGCGUGUCAAUCAGCGGGGACGGCAAGACGGCUGUCAGCGGGAGCUGGUCUAGAACCUUGAGUGUGUGGGACCUUGGGAGCAUGACGCAGAAGGCUCGUCUUGAAGAUAACAGUGAGUGCGCAUGGAGCGUGGCAAUCAGCGAGGACGGCAAGACGGCUGUCAGCGGGAGUGACGAUAAGACGCUGAGGGUGUGGGACCUUGGGAGCAUGACGCAGAAGGCUCGUCUUGAGGGUCAUAGUAAAGCGGUAGGGAUCGUGGCGAUCAGCGGGGACGGCAAGACGGCUGUCAGCGGGAGUAACGAUGAGACGAUGAGGGUGUGGGACCUUGUGAGCAUGAAGCAGAAGGCUUGUCUUGAGGGUCAUAGUGGUUGGGUGACGAGCGUGGCGAUCAGCGAGGACGGCAAGACGGCUGUCAGCGGGAGUGGGAUGAGUACCUUGAGGGUGUGGGACCUU